ACUCCUCCUCUUCCUCCUCCUCCUCUUCCUCCUCUCCCCGCUCGGCGAUGCGAGCCUGUAUCUUGUAACAGGAUUGGCGUUGCAAUGGCAACUGAUGGAAUGGGGGAAGGCAAGACAGCAGGGCUGGGGGCUCCGGACUGCGGGCGGGCGGGCCGCUGCCGCCGCUUGACGCUCCUCCGGGGACCUUCGCGAGUUACUUUGUAAAGGCGAACCCAGGCGAGGAAGCCCCCGCUCGGCGCCCCGAGUCCGAGGCCACUUCCUGCUCCGGGGCUGCUCGCGCCAGGCUCGCACCGCUCGGCACCCCCGACCCCUCGCCCGCGCCCGCCGCCAGCCCAGCGCGCCGCCGCCGCUGCGGAGACUCGAGCCCGCUACCCUGAAGAACACUUCGCCUCCCGGCUCCCCUCCCUUCACGCCCCCUGCUCCUUCCCGGCGUCUGCGGUCUCCCCGGGCGCCCGAUGUGAGUGUGGCGCGUGUGCGAGUGUGUGUCCGGGUAUUGUGUUGUGAAAGUGUGUGUGUCAGGAUAGCGUGUUGUGGAAGUGUGUGUGUGUAUGAGUGUGGGGUGUGCGGAGCUCCUGCGCUCGGCUCGCAGCCGCCGCGGGGAAAGGACGGACGGACGACGCUUCCUUCUUCGGCGAGCGGUUCCCGGGGACCGCGGCUCGGCCCGGGUACGAGUGGAGCGCGCCCGCCUGGCCGCCGGCCUCUGGAAGGUCCCGCUGAGUCCCCCCUGGGCUGGAUAUGUUCAUGUUCACGUGAAGAUGGAUUUAGUGUACGGUCUCGUGUGGCUGCUGACAGUCCUCCUGGAGGGGAUCUCUGGCCAAGGAGUGUACGCUCCCCCUACUGUUCGUAUUGUGCACUCCGGCUUGGCCUGUAACAUUGAGGAGGAGCGCUACUCUGAAAGGGUCUACACUAUAAGGGAAGGAGAAACCCUAGAACUGACCUGUCUGGUCACAGGACAUCCACGUCCACAGAUCAGGUGGACCAAAACAGCAGGAAGUGCCUCUGACAGAUUCCAAGACUCAAGUGUCUUCAAUGAAACUUUGAGGAUUACAAAUAUUCAACGACACCAAGGAGGCCGUUAUUACUGUAAAGCAGAGAAUGGCUUGGGGUCACCAGCGAUAAAGUCGAUCCGAGUGGAUGUGUACUAUUUGGAUGAUCCAGUAGUAACUGUUCAUCAAAGUAUAGGUGAAGCUAAAGAACAAUUUUAUUAUGAGAGAACAGUUUUCCUCCGGUGCGUUGCUAAUUCCAACCCACCUGUUCGGUACAGUUGGAGACGUGGCCAGGAGGUGUUACUACAAGGCUCUGAUAAAGGAGUUGAGAUUUAUGAACCCUUCUUUACACAGGGUGAAACAAAAAUCUUAAAACUAAAGAACCUUCGACCUCAGGACUAUGCUAACUAUAGCUGCAUUGCUUCAGUGAGAAAUGUAUGUAAUAUUCCAGAUAAGAUGGUAUCAUUUAGACUUUCCAAUAAAACAGCAUCUCCGUCAAUUAAACUCUUGGUGGAUGAUCCUAUAGUUGUAAAUCCUGGAGAGGCCAUAACAUUAGUGUGUGUUACAACAGGAGGGGAGCCUGCACCCUCUCUUACCUGGGUCAGGUCCUUUGGGACUCUCCCGGAAAAGACUGUAUUGAAUGGAGGGACAUUGACCAUACCUGCCAUCACUUCUGAAGAUGCUGGUACUUAUAGUUGCAUUGCCAAUAAUAAUGUGGGUAACCCUGCUAAAAAGUCUACCAACAUCAUUGUAAGAGCAUUAAAAAAAGGACGAUUUUGGAUCACACCAGAUCCUUAUCACAAAGAUGACAACAUCCAGAUCGGGCGUGAGGUGAAAAUAUCUUGCCAAGUAGAAGCUGUUCCUUCUGAGGAGCUAACAUUUAGUUGGUUUAAAAAUGGUCGUCCCUUAAGAAGUUCUGAGAGGAUGGUUAUAACACAGACUGAUCCAGACAUCUCCCCAGGAACGACCAAUUUGGACAUCAUUGAUUUAAAAUUCACGGAUUUUGGGACAUACACAUGCGUAGCAUCUCUGAAGGGAGGAGGAAUAUCUGAUAUCAGUAUUGAUGUUAACAUAUCCAGCAGCACAGUUCCACCCAAUCUGACUGUUCCACAGGAAAAAUCACCUUUGGUCACCAGAGAAGGAGACACAAUAGAACUGCAGUGUCAAGUAACUGGAAAACCUAAGCCCAUCAUUCUUUGGUCAAGAGCGGAUAAAGAAGUCGCUAUGCCUGAUGGGUCAAUGCAAAUGGAGAGUUAUGAUGGAACACUGAGGAUUGUGAACGUAACUAGGGAAAUGUCAGGAAUGUACAGAUGUCAGACGAGCCAGUACAAUGGAUUUAAUGUGAAGCCAAGGGAGGCCUUGGUGCAACUCAUCGUGCAGUAUCCCCCUGCUGUGGAACCAGCAUUCCUGGAGAUUCGGCAAGGGCAAGAGCGAAGUGUCACAAUGAGCUGCCGCGUGCUGAGAGCAUAUCCCAUUCGGGUGCUGACCUAUGAGUGGCGCUUGGGCAACAAACUGUUACGAACUGGUCAGUUUGAUUCCCAAGAGUACACAGAGUACCCCGUGAAGAGUCUUUCCAAUGAAAACUAUGGGGUUUAUAAUUGUAGCAUCAUAAAUGAAGCUGGAGCAGGACGUUGCAGCUUUCUUGUUACAGGAAAGGCCUAUGCUCCAGAAUUCUAUUAUGAUACAUACAAUCCUGUAUGGCAGAACAGGCACCGUGUUUAUUCCUACAGUCUACAGUGGACACAAAUGAAUCCUGACGCAGUAGAUAGGAUUGUUGCCUACCGAUUGGGUAUUAGACAGGCUGGACAGCAACGUUGGUGGGAACAGGAGAUUAAAAUAAAUGGAAAUAUCCAAAAGGGAGAAUUAAUUACCUAUAACUUGACUGAGCUAAUCAAACCCGAAGCUUAUGAAGUCCGCCUAACUCCCCUCACCAAAUUUGGUGAAGGAGAUUCAACAAUUCGAGUCAUCAAAUACAGUGCUCCUGUUAAUCCUCAUUUGAGAGAGUUUCACUGUGGAUUUGAAGAUGGUAAUAUUUGUUUGUUCACCCAAGAUGAUACAGAUAAUUUUGACUGGACAAAGCAAAGUACUGCAACAAGGAAUACAAAAUAUACUCCAAACACAGGACCAAAUGCUGAUCGUAGUGGCUCCAAAGAAGGUUUUUAUAUGUAUAUUGAGACAUCUCGACCAAGAUUGGAAGGUGAAAAGGCUCGACUUCUCAGCCCUGUUUUCAGCAUUGCUCCAAAAAACCCUUAUGGACCCACCAACACUGCAUAUUGUUUCAGUUUCUUUUACCACAUGUAUGGACAACAUAUAGGUGUUUUAAAUGUUUAUCUACGCUUGAAAGGGCAGACAACAAUUGAGAACCCACUGUGGUCAUCAAGUGGAAAUAAAGGACAAAGAUGGAAUGAGGCUCAUGUUAAUAUAUAUCCAAUUACUUCAUUUCAGCUCAUUUUUGAAGGUAUCCGAGGUCCUGGAAUAGAAGGUGACAUUGCCAUUGAUGAUGUAUCAAUUGCAGAGGGAGAAUGUGCAAAACAAGAUUUAACGACCAAGAAUUCUGUCGAUGGUGCUGUUGGAAUUUUAGUACAUAUAUGGCUUUUUCCAGUUAUCGUCCUCAUCUCUAUCUUAAGUCCUCGAAGGUGACCUUAUCCUGGCAGAGGCUAUAAAAGAUUCACCAGGCACUGGCAUGAAGAAAGAGUCUUUGUAAAUGGACAUUGAAAAAACAAACUACCAAAGAUUCCUCCACUGACUACUGACUCAAAAAUAAAAUAAUAAAAACACAUUUUUUUAAGCACUGGGGAUAAAAAGACAUCAUGGAAGUAUAACUUAUUCCAAACUACAUAUAAAAGAUAGUCUUGACCUGAAAGAGAAGAGACCUUCAGGUGCUUUUGUGGCUAAAAAGAUUACAGCAUCAUCUGGUCAUCUGGUUGAACUCUGGAAAAAAAAAAAAAAAGAGCUAUA